AUGUUUUCUUUUAAAAACUAUUUAGUUGAAUGUUUUUCAGGUGAUAAUUCGGGUCAAAGUGAGCCAUUAUUUAGUUCCUUGGAAGAGCCUUUACUAACAGCCAUACAAGUUGAUUCCGAACAAGAAGGCACCGAAAUCGAAUUGACCAGUUGCUCAUCAUAUUCACGACCCGAUAUGAAUUUACAGGACAGCACCGAGAGUCAAGAGUCCUGCCUAUCCAUCUUAACGGGUGAGCCCUCCUCAACUACUCCACUGUUGUCAUCGCAUAGGAAGCAUUCGCCCACAAGUACUGGUUAUGCAGAUAAAGAGCGUGAACGCGAACGUUUGCCUAGUACGGCUCCCGCCCCCACAAGUGGCGGUAAGCACUUUACAUUUGACAAACCACAAUCCCCGAAAUCCGCACGUUGUAGUGAUAAGUCACGUACUUGUUUUACAUUUAAAGAUGAAGCCGAACAGAGAAUCUACAUUAAGCAACAACAACAGCAGCAGCAGCAGCAACAACAACGUUUGACGAAGUAUGCCGAUGAAGGACAAACAUAUGACAAGUGUAAUUCUUCAAAUGACAGAUUACCACCACGUGCAUAUCCCUCGCAAAAGAGUACCAAUCCAAGUGGGGGAAUUGCUGCGGAUGUUGGUAAUUUCAAUAGCAGUAAAAAGUCCAGAACAGAUGUGACCAAUGUUCAGAUUGUUAAAGAUCGCAAUCGUUAUUCAAUGGGAGCCACAAUUCCGGCCACCACAACACACAAAACUAGUCCGAAACGUGAGCGGCGACGUUCACCGUCAUCAUCAUCGUCCAAAGUCAAUUCUGCUCCGCCCACAAUGAAGGAUAGCAACUUUUUCGGUAGCAACUCUUCACCGACCAGGCUUAAUAACAAACAACUCUCGCCUACCUCGCAGAGCUCAGGUCAACGUAAAUAUUCCUCCAGUUCUUCAUCCGGUGGCAGUGAGCGCUACAAAGACGGCAUACUAUUUCCAUUCGAUCGUGAGGCGAUCGACUAUGAACGCAUACAGCGUGAAUGUUUUGCAUUAAAGGAACAUUCGAGUUCCUCCACCACCACCAGCGAUUCAGAUGAAGCUGAACCGUGCUCGGUCUAUGAAAGAUCCAAGGCUACUGUUUCACCAAAACCCACAGAAUUUUACAAACAAUACACGUUACUCUCGCAAAAGGAACAGCAACAACAGCAGCAGCAGCUGCAACAGCAACAGCAUCAGACAUCAUCUCGUAAAAAUUCAAAACGCUUACGUUCCGAUUCUUUAGCACAAAAGUAUAUACCCAAAUCGGAUGCAUUUAGUCCUAAAUCAAAAACCAGCUCUCCCACACACAAUGCCCAUCAUCAUUCGCCCAACUCGCAAGUAGAAUUAAAUAAAUUCGAGGAUAUUGCCUCCAAAUUUGAUCAGAUGCCACCAAAGCAUGGCUCCAUUGUAAAUCUAGCCACAAAAACCACUAGCCCCCUGUCCAGCAGCAAUCAACUGUCAAAUUUAAAGAAUAACAACCACAACAACAUCAGCAACAACAACACUGAGAGCAUAUCAUCAAAUGCCAGUAGUCCCAGUAACUCGCGUAGCACCACACCACCGCUGCCCAAUUUACGUGUGGACUUUUUCGUAGAAAAGUCAAUACAUUCGCGCAAAAAAUCAUUUAAAAAUAAACCCAACUGCGGCGGAGGUGUCGGUGGUGGUGGCGGCGGUAUAGCAGCCUCAGCCAUCGAGGAAGUGGAUGCGAUCACAAUAGCAAAUACAGCACACGACUAUUUGGGUGACUGCCAAUAUAUUGUAGGUAGCAGCAAUGUUUCAGCCACGGCUAAUGUUCUCGUUAAUUCAGGUGGCCCUAUUAACGUGACAGCCAAUCCAAUGGAGGUGGCUGUCUGCACGCAACCCAGAGCAACAAUUGUCGUCCAACAAGUAAGUUAA